CUCUACAACACGCUGUUCUCGCCUCUGGUGCUGGCCGCGUCGCUGGAGACGCUGGGAGAGACGGCCCGAGGCGCCACCGCCGAUCACAUCCGGAGGGUGCUGAGGUCCUCCAGCCAGAAGGAGGCGCCGUCAGCAGCCAGCUACCCCCAGGCACUACGGUCGGCGGUGGACUCCAACCUCACCGCCUUCACCCUGAGAGCCGCCUCGGCGCUGUUCACCAAACAAGUCGCCGCCCUGGACCAGAACUUCCUGAAGAGGGCCAGGAGCGGCGGCGUCGGGCGAAUCGGGUUGAACCACGUGGCGCUGGGCUCAGGGGGCAAGAAGCCGGACUCUGCUACCUUCCACACCUGGGCACAGGGGGCUACCGGGACGGACAACGUGGCCCAGCUGAGCAAGGAGCCACAGGCCCAGAGCGGAGCGCUCGUCCUGGCUAACGCCCUGCGGAUUAAAGGACUCUGGGAGAAAGGUUUUGGGGAGUCCAGUGAAGACCUGCGCACUUUCCUGGGAGUGAAAUACACCAGAGUACCCCUCAUGCACCGCUCAGGUAUCUACCGCCACUACGAGGACGUGGCCAACAUGGUGCAGGUGCUGGAGCUGGGUCUGAGAGGGGGAGAGGCCAGCAUGCUGAUCCUGCUGCCCUUCCUGGUGGAGAAGCUGGAGCGGCUGGAGAAGCUGAUCACCCUGGAGCAGCUGCAGAGCUGGCACAGCAAGCUGACGGACACCAGCCUGGCACUCUCACUGCCCAGAGUCACCCUCAGGAGCUCACUCAACCUACAGGCUGCGCUGACGACCCUGGGCCUGGUGGACGUGUGGACCCAGGGCAAGGCCGACUUCUCGGGCCUGGGGGGAGCCAAGGGCCAGAUGCACCUGGGAGGGGUGCUGCACUGGGCCUCCCUGGAGUUCAGCCCCGACUCAGGACACAAGAAGGAGGCGAAAGACGGGGAGGAGGCGACGGUGGAGGAGGAAGAGGAGGAGGAUGUGGACGUCAGUCCUAAAAUGUUCUAUGCGGACCACUCGUUUGUGGUGAUGGUGAUGGACAAGGCGUCGGGAGCACUGGUGCUCAUGGGAGCCAUGGAUGUGGCCGAGGGCCGGAGCCUGCACGACGAGCUAUGAGGAGGAUGCUGACACACAGACACAUUCACAUGACAAACAUACUCAUGCACUUGCGCACACACACACACAUGCUUGCGCACACACACACACACGGCACGCAGGCAGGCAGUACGGCAGGCAGGCAGGCAGGCACGCACGCAAGCACACACACACACACUCUUAACCCAUUUUCAACAACCUCAACCCAUACUCUUUUUUCAUACCACUCGCAUACAGAACGCUAAAUAUAUUAAUACAUAGAUAAUAAAUACAUAGAUAGAUAUAUACUAGAUACACGUAGAUAGAUGGAUAGAUACUAGAAAGAAAGAAAGAAAGAACAACUGAACGAAAGAAAGAACAGGUGAAUCAGUAUUGAUACCUGCCCUUUCGAUAGUCACCAAAGGAGUGUAUGCAUCAGCGGGUGAGGAAGUUGCCAACUCAGAUGUGAGAGCCACUGCCUCAUCAGCACCUCUCAAUUGCACUGUCAUGGACUAUCUCUGAAGUGCACACACACACACACACACACACACACACACACACACACACACACACACACACACACACACACACACACACACACACA